AUGCUGGAUCUUAUCAGCCCCGACGCCCCUCCCAAUAAGCCAGGCCUAUACAGUCAGUGGUCACAGCCGUUACUUAUCGGGGAUAUCGAUUUCAACCCUAACCCAUCCUAUUUACUAACUGAAACACUACCACUACCAUGGCAGCUCCACCCUCCACCAAGAUCGGCGUCGCCGUCAACCCAAGCUGAACCCGUCUGGCUCGACCUCGACGCAACGGUCGACAAAACAUGCGCUCUGAUCGCCGAGGCUGCCUCGCAGGGGGCCCAGCUCAUCGCCUUCCCCGAGUGCCUCUGCAUCUCGCAGGCCAGCAUCUCCCACACGGGCGCGAUCCUCACCCUCCGCCGCAAGAUCAAGGCGACGCACAUGGAGCGCACGGACUUCGUUCGGCGACGCGUCCGCCGAGUGUCUCGACAGCGUCGUGGACACGCCGCUAGGCCGGACGGACGGCUUCUGUCGGAGCUCAUUCCUCCCACGGAGGAGGGGAUCAUCUAUGCGGACCUUGAUCAAGAUGAGAUCGACAAGGCCAAGGCGUUUGUGGAUGUAGUGGGUCACUAUAGCUGGCCGGAUUUGCUGUGGUUGGGUGUUGGGGCCAAAGAUCGAAGGCAUUUGAGGGACGAUGAGGGAAAGACGCUCGAAAGUGGAAGUGGAGCGAGUAGAUAG